AUUUACGAGUUAAUUGAGACUCUGGGUUGGUGAAAGCGUAGAACGCUUCAAACCCACACAGUGAUGACAGAGCUGAUGGUAGGAGAGCAGAGAUAUUCAUCCCACCACGUUCUAAGUUUCUGACAAAGCACUAUCUAAACAAAACAUGGUGGUCACAUUCUCUUCCUUUAAGACACCUACUCCUCCAUUUUGGUCUAUAACUGGAGGAUCAACCACCUGAAACCUCAAACACCCCUUCAAGACUAUGGGAACUUCCGGUAACUGGUUCAGAAGAAUCCGAAAAAAGUUUGUGAGAUCCUCCGACAGAGAUAUCAUUGUCAUCUAUUCCAACACCAGCCCAAGCUCCCAUGGAGAAGGAGCUGAUUAUGAAGUCCUCACUCGCGACGAUCCUUCAUCUACAAUGUCUUCGUUCAGAACCAGAGAGAGAAUUUUAACCAAGGAAGACAUUGCAGCCAUCAAGAUCCAAGCAUUUUUCAGAGGCCAACUUGCAAGACAAGCAUUUCGAGCACUCAAGAGCCUGGUGAAGCUGCAAGCACUGGUUAGAGGAGUGUGCGUGAGGAAACAGGCGAGAGUCGCUAUGCAAUGCAUGCGUGCACUUGUCCAGUUGCAGGUCAAGGUUCGCGCACGGCAGCUCCUCAACGGGUAUACUGAUGCCAGAUCCAUCACAGCUUAACUAUAUUUAUAGAGC